AUUGUUUUUUGGGAAUGAAACGUGAAUGGACAUGAUUGAUAAUUUGGGUUUCACGGUGUGGACGCAAGCGAGAUGAAGAUUGCAGGAUUUGAGUGCUGAGUACAGUAUUGAUUGUUGGUUCAACGGAGACGAUGGAAAUUAGGACUGAGUCGGACUCGGACGCCGCCAUGUGGAAAGAAAUUGAGGUUUCAGAGAGCUACCUCGUUUGCUCCAUGUACGAAGAAGCGGCAUCAUUAGCUUCCUCUAUUUUGGAACGCUUGCGUGAUGCUGAAGCUGAUGCUGAGACUGAUGAUACUCAAGAUAUGUUGGAAUUAACCGCUAUGGUGCUGCUUCAGGCAUUCAACCAACUUGGCAGGACCCCAGAAAUUCUUAAUCAACUCAGACUUCACUUCAUUUCAGUAAAAGCUAUUCCUGUCCGCGUUCUACUCACUGGAGCUUGUUUACAAAUAGCACAAGGUUCUGCUUUUGGCGUUCAAGAAUUUCUUGAGGAGUUUCUUAAUGGAUGGAAUCUUGAGGAUGAACAAUAUUGUGCUGCCAUUACAGAAGCAAAUGUAGAGAGUGGACGUAGAGAUGAAAGGCAACUUGUUCUUCGAAUUGAUAAAUAUUUAGAAGUUGUUGAGGUCUAUGCUGUCACACUACUUGGUGGAGUUUUAAAAGAUGUAGAUCUUGCAAUUUCCUGGGUUAAUAAUGCUUCAUUGCCCGAGGAAAAUCGACAAGGACUUCUGAGAAGGUUACACUCUAUGCAUUCUCUUAAAAGUACUGUUUUGUCUCAAACUUCCUUUCCACUGUCACCUACAAAUAGCAAUGGAGCUUAUUCUUUGAAAGAAGAAAAUGUUUGUGAAGGAUCACCUAAAGCCUUGAAAAGUAAACAUGCAGACAAUAAAUGGUAUAGGUCCAAAGAAGCUGUUCCCACAUUGUCUGAACGAAUAGAAACAUGUUUCUGGUGCUUCCGUGCAAUCAAUUUGAAGAUUGGCAAUGCUAAGUUUGUCAUAACUAGUGGGAAGAUUAUGCUUGGUUGUUUGAUCGUGUUCCUCUAUUAUGUUUUAAGAAAGAAGCAAGCCACUUUAAAAAGGAUUGUAACAAGACAAGUAAUCGCCGUGAAGAGGGCUUUGGUGGAUUUGUGGCAGCUUGGGUUUUCGUAUCAAGUAAAUCCUCUGGCAGCUGUUCAACCUCUUCCUGCUGCAACACGUCAAGGUCAGUGAUGCCAUGAUGGAAAUGUUGACCGAGCAUUACCUUAUUCGGGAGCCUGUCACAAGGAAUCCUCAGUAUAGCUUUUUUCACUACCCUUGUAGUUCUAGACAGGCAAUAUUAUUUUGUUCGAAGAUGCGCUUCUUUGUGCUGAUCAAUAACCUUUACAUGCAUUUAAGUCAUUUUGAAAGGUGCACGUCAAUACAUGUAUGCUAUUCUCUCUAUUAGGAGUGUUUGAGAUUAACAUACUGCCAUAUUAUAUAAAAUUGUAAAACAGCGAUCUCAUUUCCACAGCAGAAUGCACUUCUUGUCGU